UUCCUUGGUCAAGACUGACUCAAUGUGCCGGAGGACUGUCCUCGUCGAUUUAGCCAUGGUUUUUGGUGGCCCAAGAGGUCAAAGGUUUUGGGGUUCUCUCUGGAUGGAGGUCGCACAGCCCGGGCUCGACGAUCGAUGGUGUAUGCUUCUCUCUUCCCUCUCAUUUAUCCUCUUCGCCUGCUCCUGAGGUCCCUCUCUCUCUCUCUGUUUCUCUUCCCAGAGAAAUUAUUGCUUCCAACUCUACAUUAAAUUUGACCAAAGAUUGACCCAAAUUAUCAUUAAUCCGAUCUAACUCUUCUAUGCCAAAUCAUCCAAAUUGAAUUGGGUAAUCCCAAUGUUGAUAUCGUAAAGUGGCUACGUGAGUGUUAUAACCAUAGAUACAAUAAUUAAGCUUUGAUUGAAAUAGAUGAUAAUAUUAAAGAGAAAUACCAAUGAUUAAGGCUUAGAUGACCUUUAAGGAAUAAUAGACCAAAUAUCUGUUACUUUGGUUCCAUCAUACCGUUAUGUUGUCAUACCGGAACCGAUACCGAUACGUGAGAAAUAAAUCCCUAUGGGCGGGAGGCCAAACGGAUGCGAGCGAUACGUCUCCAUGAAUGGGCCGUCAACCCCUCCGCGCCGGCGGCGUCCUCCGCUUCAACCCCAAUCUCUUCUCCCCUCCCCCGCCGUCCUCUCCCCCUAAGAGGAUCUCCCUGUACCACCCUUCUCUCCGCCCCCUCCUCUCCUGCCGCUCCCUCCGCGGCCUCCUCCAGGCCCACGCCCACUUCCUCGUUACCGGCCUCCUGCACGACUCCUUCGCCGCCUCCCGCCUCCUCAAGGCCGCAGCUGACUCCGCUGCCGCCCCGCUCUCCUACACCGUCCUCCUCUUCCGCAGCGUCCCCGCCCCCGACGCCUUCUGCGCCAACGUCGUCCUCAAGGCUCUCUCCCUCUCCCUUGACCCGCUCCUCGCCCUCCCCUUCUUCGUCGCCAACCUCCGCUCCGGCUUUGCCCCCAACAGUUUCACCUUCCCCGUCCUCUUCUCCGCUUGUGCCCGAGCGUCGUCCCUUGACACCGGGGAGACUUGCCACGGCCAGGCCGUGAAGCGGGGCGUGGACGCCGUCCUUCAUGUUCGUAAUUCCCUCGUCCACAUGUACGCCACCUGCGGCCUAGUUGGUUGCGCGCGCAUGUUGUUCGAUGAGAUGUCCCACCGAGAUACAGUGUCUUGGAACUCCAUGAUCGAUGGGUAUGUCACCUCAGGGGAGUUGAAUUCUGCAAGGGAGCUAUUCGAUGAAAUGCCGGGAAGAAAUGUGGUGUCUUGGAAUGUUAUGAUCGGUGGGUAUGUAAAAGAACGGAACCCCGAAAUGGGAUUGGAGCUCUUCAGGUUGAUGGAUAAGAAGGGGCUGAAGGGGAAUGAUAAGACAAUGGUCAGUGUGGUCACAGCGUGUGGGAGGCUGGGCAAGCUCAAUGGAGGGAGGUCGAUUCAUGCAUAUUAUACUAGGAAUUUUGUAGAUGAUAAUGUGAUAUUUGGCACGGCAUUAGUAGAUAUGUACAGUAGGUGUAGAAGAGUGGACGUUGCAAGAAGGGUGUUCGAAGAGAUGCCGAAGCGGAAUUUGGUCUGCUGGAAUGCAAUGAUUGUUGGACAUUGUAUCCAUGGAGAUCCUUUGGACGGGCUUGCAUUGUUUGACAAGAUGGUGGGAGAAGGCUGUGAUACGCAUGAAGAAACUAAUGAUAGCUUCCACCUAGAAACAACAGGAAUCUCACCAGAUGAAGUUACUUUUAUUGGACUCUUAUGUGCUUGCGCCCGCGAAGGCCUACUGACCCAAGGGAAGAAAUAUUUUGAGCAGAUGACCAAGUUGUAUAAUCUCAAACCUACAUUUGCUCAUUAUUGGUGCAUGGCAAACCUCUACGGAGGGCUUGGCCUGGUUGAAGAAGCGGAAGAAGUAUUAAGAGGCAUGCCCGAGGAUGAAGAAUCACUAGCCCUGGGAGGUUUGCUUGGAUUUUGCCGAUUUCGUGGGGAAUUGGAGUUGGGGGAGAGCAUUGCAAAGAGAUUGGUUGAGCUUGAACCUUCAAACGGCUCUCGCUAUUCUUUGUUGCAGAAUAUAUAUGUGGCAGCAGGGAAGUGGGAAGAUGCUCACAAGGUGAAGGAGAUGAUGAGGAACAGAGAAAUAAGAUCAAUGCCUGGUCACAGACUUGUAGAUUUAAAUGAGAUUGUCCACAACUUUAAAAUUGGGGAUAGGUCGAAACCAGAGAUUGAGAAGGUAUAUGAGAUGCUGGAUGAUGUGGCUGCCAGACUUAGAAUAAGAGGUGCUACAAUGGACUUGACCGAAAGUGUCCAGCAGUGAAUUCUCAUGCCAACAAGGAUUGGUCAUCUUGUUUUAUCUACCGGCAGUGAGCAUUUGGGUCUUUUAUAACUUUACCCAAAGCUUACUAACAAGAUGCAGAUACUGUGUUAAGCUUGGUUCCGACAACAAUGCCUGAGGAUUUACUAAAAGAAAAUCAUGCUUGAGCCAUCUGAUUGAUAACUUGUAUUCUUUAUCAAAAGAGUUUGACAGUAUUGAUUUUGAAGAAUAUCUUGUCCUACAUUGAAGAGAAGCCCAUCUGGCACGUGUCUUGAUGUUGUGUUAGACUUUGGAUUCAUGCAUGUUUAAGAGUAAACUUGAGAGAAAAGUAGUUCUCCAUGAAUUGGAGUCAAAGCAAAUUUGGCAGAAUCAGAUGGUUGCACCUUUCCAUGUGCCGGUCCUUUUUUUCAGUUUGGGAUCUUCCUCCUCGGUAUGUGAUAUGAUACCACUGAAAAUCUUGGGAAGAGUUGAACAUAAUGCUCCUUGUGGUACUCGGAAACUCCACACUCAGCAGAUAAAAUUCAAAAAGCUUGCUGCUGCUCCAAGUCACCAACUUGCUGCAAGAAGUGCAGUUGUGCUCCACUGAUAAUAUGGAGUAAACAUAUUUGAGAAUUCCAGUUGUUGGAAACUGAGUUGUACGUGCUUCAUGAUGGAGGAUACCUUUUGCAUCUGCUUGAUCAUCAAUUUUUCAAAAUUACACUUCACUAAUAUGGAGUAAACAUAUUUGAGAAUUCCAGUUAUUGAAAACUGAGUUGUAUGUGGUUCAUGCUGGAGGAUACCUUUUGCAUCUGCUCGAUCAUCAAUUUCUCAAAAUCACACUCUAAUUUUUGGUACAGACAAUUUUUUUCAGAAAAAGGUAUUUUUAUUUAAUAAAAAUAAUCAUGAGGUUGCUGUGA